GCAAACAUCGAAAAUCCUUAGUCACAUGAAGUCUGAGCUUCAAGUGCAAAAACAACAAAAAAAGCUCAUCAGGGAGCUACACGCAAAACGAGUUCAAUCCCUUCGGAAAGAAUUGGAAUACUUAAAAGCUACAGAGUGGAUAUACAUGGACAACAGUCAGAAGAAUUGACAGCAAAAUGUUUUCAUUAUUGGUUAAUGCAACAAAAUACAUAUUAGGCAGCAGUGAAACCACCAAAGAGCCUAACAUUGAGGAGCUCGUAGCACGGCUGAAUGAAGCAAAAGAAACAUUAUGUGAUCCUGUAACUGUGGCAAAUGACGAAGCUGACAAUGAUCCUGAGGGUUGUUUCUAUACAACAGGGAUAGUGACAAAUAUAUCGACGAAUCAUGUUCUCAUUGAUAAAUGUUAUAUGUGCGAAUCAGCAAAUGUCAACAUUGAUAAUUUAGAGAUAGGAAAUAAAGUUUAUUACAUGGGCUAUCAGAAAGAUGAAAAUAAAGCUCCUAGAAUACGAAAAAUAAUAUCUCGCAUAGAAGAAAAUUGGGAUGAGGAAUAUGAGCCUGGUACAGAAGCCCAAAAGAAUUAUGUCACACAGGCACAGAUGAUAAAACGAAGUAUAGUGGCAAAGGUUGAAAGACGUGAAGGCAGACAAGUUUUUCUUGAACCCGGGAACAUUUCUGUGAAUCUUGACAAGGUAGAGUCAACAUUUGUGCCAUACAUCGGCGAUUGGUUGAAGCUCGAAUCACUCGUUGAGGUCGACGAGGAGUCUGGUGAUUUAGCGGGCGAAGUACUUGAAAUCGAUAACAUUCAACCGCUUCGAUCAAAACUUAAAGUUGGCACCGUCACCAAAUGGGGUUCGAAUCUUGGAGCAGGAACCAUUGACAGGGACACUCUUUUCAAUAAGGCUUCCUGCGAAACUGGCUAUGUUCCCCAUGUUGGGGAUAAAGUCGUUUCAGACAGUAUUGAAAGUGAUCAAGGAAUCCACACUUGGCGGUCUUUGACAGUUGUUCCUCUUAAUCAGGUUUCACAUCUUGAGCCUACGCCGCUAGUGCCAAACGAAUCUCAACUGAAACAAUCGAAUUUGGAUGAACUAUAUUUAGAUAAACAGGGAAUAGUAAUAAAGAAUAAUUUGACAUUCGAUUUGAACGUCCACGAGGAACAAACGUUGGCAAUAGAAGUAGAGAACACUGGAAAUAUGGAACAAAUAUUGACUCGUGGGUGUUUCAUGUCAAAAAAGGCUCAAUCGCAAUUAUCCCUUGUUUCCCCAGGAGUGGAUGAAGUUACUCGAAUCCCAGGACGCACAACCAAAACCUUUGUGUUUAAAUGUCGGGCUAAAUUCGUUGGCACAACCGAAGAACUCUUCAUAUUUAUAUUUAGAGGCUUCAAAAUCGGUCGAACUUUUCGGAUAACUGUGAACGCAAAAAAUUCUUCAUCCUACUGUGAAAAUUUGACGUUUGGAAAAGCAAACAAACUUGUAACGCAGAGGGAUUACGAUCAAGGUAACUACGUGCAAGGGAUUCGACCUUGCAAACCACCCUCGUUCAUUGCUGUGAGAAACGGAGUAUUUCGAGUCCCCCAACGUUUCUGGGACGCCGUUCUGCCAUCGGUCAACGAAAAGAAAACUCCAAUCGAGUGCGAGUUCGCCGCGAGCGAAGCUAUUCCCUGUUUGACUGAAGGAUUGCGACUCGAGAAUUACACGACGAGAUUUCAUGCUUUAUUGUAUCUCGAAGAAAUCAGUUUGACCAUCGAUAUUCAACGAUACGAUAUUGACAGUGCAGUUCUGAGGCAUCAUGGAGAAUAUCUGAGCCUCACUGUUCCUGGUCUCGUCGAAAAAAGACCUUCCUUGAUUGUUGGAGAUCGAGCAAUAAUUUCGUUCAAUUGGGACGAUUCGCAGGGAAAAUUGAAGUACGAGGGCUUCAUUCACAAGAUCAAAAGUUCCGAAGUGCUUCUAAAGUUCAAUCAACGAUUCCACGAGACUUACAACUCCGAGGAGUGUCAAGUGGCAUUCAAGUCAUCAUAUUCGUCGAUCGCGCGAUGUCAUAACGCAGUCAAUCUCGCCGUUAUAAAUCUAGGUCCGGAAAUUCUUUUCCCAACUCGUGUCGUGGAGAAAGACGUGCAAAUAAAUUUAACUGAGGCUGAGCCCAAAGAAAACUCAAAAUCCAAACUGCGGCAUAGUCGGAGCGAAUCCGUGUCAUCGGUCUGUUCGAACGGGAGCGUUGCAUCGACCAGUGAUGCGUCGUUGGACGGAACGAAUCGAAAAGUGAGAAUUUCGGUUGCAGAAAGAUUAUUUCAAACGAGGCCGAAUUAUAACGGAGCAAGUAAAACUGAGUCUACGCCAACGAGUCCAGAAAAUAUCAGUAAACAUUUCAAGCAGACUGGACUUUCGGAAUCAACAAAAAGCGAAGAAUCAAAAAAUGCACAGAAUAACUCGAUUAACAACCUCUCUGAAGAAAAAAUCAAUUCACAAGUUGGACAACUAAAAAAACGCAAUUUAGAGUGGUACAACAAACGAUUGAAUUAUUAUCAAAAAAUAGCUGUGCGUAAUAUUUUAAAGGGUGUUGCUCGACCUUUGCCGUACGUAAUUUUUGGACCGCCGGGUACCGGUAAAACGAUAACGCUCUGCGAAGCAAUUUUACAAAUAGUAACAACGAUUCCGGAAAGCCGAUUAUUGAUUGCGACUCCCUCAAACAGUUCGGCAAACCUCAUUUCCGAACGUUUGCUCGAUAGUGGUGUUCUCAAGCCCGGAGAUCUCGUGCGUUUGGUUGCCCAACAUUGUCUCGAUGAUGAUAGCAUCCCCGAGAGGUUGUUACCCUACUGUGCGACUGGAAAUUUGGCUGCAGAGUGGAGCGUCAAAAGCAAAACUGAUUACGAGCAGAAUAUGCCGAAAUUAAAUUGCACAAUGAGUGUGCUCGGGCGCCACAGAAUAACCGUUGGCACGUGCAUCGCUCUUGGUUUGCUUUACAACAUGGGAUUUCCACGAGGACACUUUACCCACAUUCUCGUCGACGAAGCCGGCCAAGCUACCGAACCAGAGAUCAUGGUGCCACUCAACUUCGUUCACUCGAGCCACGGACAAAUUGUACUAGCUGGAGAUCCAAUGCAGCUCGGUCCCGUUGUAAACAGUAAAUUAGCCUCGCACUUUGGUCUCGGCGAAUCCUUUUUAUCGAGACUUUUACACCAAUUUCCAUACCAAAGGGACAACCAAGGAUUCGAACACGGUUACGAUCCCAGACUCGUGACUAAACUCGUCUACAAUUACAGAAGCCUUCCAGAAAUUCUCGAACUGCCGAAUUCACUCUUUUACGAUUCAGAACUCAUCCCUCAGGUUUCGCCGACGGAUAGUCCUGAAAUUCAACUCCUCAGAUCUAUGGCUGUCGAUCUCCCAGAGAGAGCUGGACACCCACCUGCUAUCGUUUUCCACGGGGUUAACGGUGAAAAUCUACAAGAUCCCGACAGCCCCAGCUGGUACAAUCCGGCCGAAGCAACUCAAGCUUAUUUAUAUCUUUUGAAACUCUACGAUCGCAAUUUAAGUGGCAACGACAUUGGUAUUAUCACACCGUAUAAAAAACAAGUACGACAAAUCAGGGAUCUGCUGAUGGAGUUGGAUAUUGAGCUUCCGAAAGUUGGGAGCGUCGAAGAGUUUCAAGGUCAAGAGCGAAAAGUCAUCAUUUUAUCGACUGUCAGAUCAACAAAAAGUAUGGUAACCGAAGACGUCAAACACGCUUUGGGAUUCGUGGCUUCGCCGAAGCGACUGAACGUUGCGUUAACCCGAGCUCGUGCCCUUCUCAUAAUACUGGGAAACCCGACAUUACUAUCCCAGGAUCCUUAUUGGCGCAGCGUUCUUAUUCAUUGUCUCGAACGAGAGUCUUAUACUGGAUGCAAUUUCACGCCUGCUUAUUCAGAAAAUGAAGCUUCUGAGGAUCUGAACGACACGAAUUUGCAGUGAAUUUCGGAUUAACUGUUGGGACAUUUAUAAACACUUCAUUUGUCAUUUUCAUUUGAGUUUGUUAUUUUAUGAUUUUUUUAGUAUUUAAAAAAAACGAUUGACGCAUUUUCAGAGUUGUGCAGCAGCGCCAAGAAACUCGAGAUUUUAGUUCAGUUUAAUAUAUUUUUGUUUCACAUCAAUAAAUCGUUAACAAGUGUACACAACCGAGAAAUCUGUGUAAUUUCGAAAGUCUACAUUCGCGUGAUCUCAAUGAACUUUUGUACAUUUGAUAAUUGUUAUUUUUUUGUUUUCCAUUGUAAUGAAUAACGAUUAUCUUUUGUUUAUGACUGUACGCUUAUGGAAGGGUUUAUUUUUGUACAAUCGAACAAUAAAUGAGUCUGAAAAAUUUUUUAAA